AUGGACCGCAAGCCAGACAAAGACGCCCAGUUAAGCAGGCGCGGGCAUGCGCUGGCGCCCCUUACGCCUACAACCUGGGACGGCACGAGGGAUGUUGACUGCGAUGCUAGUCGGAACUACGAUGAUACCUCCUUCGGACGUCGCUCCGCAUCUCUCUUCUCUGUCUCCCUCGAUUUUGUUUCCUGGUCCUAG